GCUGCACAGAAGGAAUGAGUGAAUGAAUCGAAACUACUUAUAUAGUGGAGAUUAUUCAUGCACGAGAGGUUUUUUCCCGGACCCGGUGCAGUCAAGUAGCCCUUCGUCUAAUUUUCUGAACCUACGUGCUCAUCUGAUUAAGACCGUAAAGGACAUACCUGGCCGUCGUGUCAUGUCGAUGCUAUUGUCGAAGCGUAUGCGGGUGAUGCGAAAUUUGUACAAUUAAGGACCUGUUUCUAUUUCAUCUAAAUGUCCCUUGUACCUGUUUCUAUUUCAUCUAAAUGUCCCUGAUGGUUCACCAAUUCUUCCAUGGUAAGCAAGUAGUGUGUACUACGACUACUAUUUCUAGUACAGCACUCCUACCAUUUCAAGUACCACAUCAAAUACUAGUGGAAGCAUUUGUUUAAGUACGUCUACGCCGAGCCCGAAUUAAACCAUCCCCCUUCAUUUCUCGACCGAUUUUCUCUUGUACAAGCAUGUGUGUGAGGAACUUGGCUUACGUAUGGUUCGUUUCGCAGUACCUGAGUUUCGAGACCCAAGUAAAAUGGUAUCACCGAUGGCAGUAGAUGGAGACAAGAUGAAAUGGCUCAUUAGACAGAAACUCUACAAAAAGAAGAACAUGCCAAUGAUGUUUAUGGACGCGACACGAACUUUCACUGGUCGCCGCGCCUCAACACUCGUGCGACACACGAGGCACCCUUUGGAACCAGUACCCGAAGACCACGGGAAGCCGAAAGCGACAGUGCAACAACUUUUAUGACCAUAUUAAAUAAUUAGAAAAAGCUUUGUUUUACUGUUGGCCUUGGCUCUUGGCAAGAUUCAUCACCUUCUAAUCCAAAGUCCUCAUUUUCCCUAUGGAGUUCGUGCUGACCGCGUCAGAGGUGAGCAGGUGGUCCAUAACCCAACGGCACCCGGUCCAGGAUACUGUGUUGGGAGAAUGAAGUAGCGAUGAAGGGAGUGAUUUUGGAUGAUUAUGGACCUAUGAGUUGAGUGAUUUUCAACCUAGUCAGUAAAGGCAUAUUGAAGGAGCUCGCUACGAUUACAAGAACAAACUUCGGAACUACUAGAAAAUCUUGAUAUUUAGGAUUUUCAUCACUCAGAUGAUGUUGAUGUGCUGUACCUUUGACUUUCAUUCAGAAUACAGGCAACGAACCGCAUUUAGUACAUGAUGCAAGAGGUGGUGCUAGCUUCACGCAUCGAUCUCAACAGAAGACUUUGCGAGACCGCGGUCGAACCCCCUCGGCAUUGUCCUAGUCGAGGAUCGUAAACGAUAUGUUUCAAUCAUCCUGCACUCAUCAAGAUGAAUCAUCAGCAUGAACUCGGUCACGAUCCAAUAUCAAGAGCGUAUUGUAUGAUCGGUCUCUGUCUUGUCACUGCAGAUCUCUGUGUCCUCAAUACUUUCACUUAUAGCUUUUUCCCAUAACGAUGCACGAACCAUCUACUACUUCAAGCACUUAUGUCGA